AUGAAUAAGUUCAGCCCUUCCAUUCUAUACAGGUGCAAUAAUUAUAUCCUUACAAGUAAAGCCAGUGGCCAGGUUUGCCAACCUGGGAAAGUAAAGACUCGCCUGGGGUUCAAAAAGCACACAGUAGUAUUAGACGAGUUGAAGAAGAAGUACAGCGAUGAGAAGGAUAUUACUGAAUGGAGGAACGUUCAAAGGCUCGAUAUAGGAGUCACUGGCGGUUUGAUUAUUGCUACAAAUAAAAAUUCAGCAAUCCAAUUCUCGAGAAAUUUAAAAGAAGGUGGCAAUGCAGGGUAUAAGAUUAUUAGAAGGUAUGUGGCACUUUUGAAUCCAAAUAGUAAUUCUAGUAGAGGCCUCCCAGAGGAAGGUAGAAUUGUAACGAAUAACAAUAAGAUGAUCACUUUAUAUAAACAAUUCGACGAAAAUUGUUAUAUUUUUGAAUUAGUCUCAGGAAUGAAACAUCAAAUUAGAAUUCAUGCUUCUAAAGUAUUGGAAGCUCCUGUUUAUAACGAUUUAUUAUACAAGGGAUCUCCAGUAGGAGAUGAUCCUGUACAAAUUGCAUUGCAUUCUGCUUUUGUGAAAACCAAAAUUGGAUUUAACAUUAGAGAACAUUCGAUACCAAUGCCUUAUCACAACAAAACACUUUGGGAUCCAAAAUAUAUAGCCGAUGGUGGGUAUUUCAUUCCUGAAAUAGGUAGGAUAUUAGAAGAAGGUUUCGAUUCAAAAGAAUUGGAAGUAGUUGAUAAACGCACAAAGUAUAUCAGACAUACUGAAGCCAAAUGA